GCAAAAGGAGCUUCUUCUAAGGUUGCUUUAUAUCGAAGAACUUUUAACUAAAAAGCCAAAUAAUUCUGUACAGAAAAAAUUAAGAAUAAGUUUCAAACACACUGCUUGAUUCUUCAGUUUCGAAAUUAUAAUAUUGAUCAAUCAUGAUCAAAGCAGCAAUCAUCUGUGGACUAAUUUCACUAGUCACUGGCGCACAAAGUACCUGCACUGAGAAUGAAUUCAAGGAGCUGGGAGCAUCCCUCUCCCAAUCGGUGGAAUACAUGCGGGAUAAAGUUGGAGAUGAGAACGUGGCAAUUUUCAUUGGCGCCAAAGGAGCUGGCAAGAGCACACUAAUUAACUACCUGAUCGGCAAUCAACUGAAGACUGAACGACGUUCGCUUUUCGAUCCAGUGACAUUAGCAAGAGUCUACAGUGAGUCCAAAGGGCCAAGAGUAGCUGGCGAAUCAACCAAAGCCGCAGUUCCGACAAGAUGGACUUCCUCGAAAUUACCCAAUUUGACUCUCUGGGACUAUCCCGGAUUUGGCGAUGACAACGCAGUACUUCAAGAGGUCACCAGUGUCUUCGACUUCCAUCAGUUGGCGAAAUACGUUAAGUCUCUAAAAGUUAUUUUAGUCAUAGACUUUAAUGACCUCCUGCAGGCUAAUAUCGAACCGCUCGUUAAGCUUCUCACGAUAAAUGUUGAAAAAUAUUUCGGAAAUCACGUAGAAGAAUUCUUAUCCGGACUAUCUGUAAUUUUCACUAAAGUGCCUGCUGAAGUGCGAAAAUCUUCAUUCGACAUGAACUACCUAAAUACAAUGUUAACAAACAAAUUCUUACUCAACAAACAUGAGGAAGUGCCUCAAAUUGUAAAGAAAUUUGUCCAAUACUUAGUAGACAAUAACCAGCAAAUUGGAUUAUUCAAAAAAAUUGUACAUGGUCUUAUUACAAGUGAUGCCGACUUUAAUAUCAUUCCAGCUAUUGAAAAUUCGAAAAGCAUUGAAAGUAGUGCUCUCAAGAAAUUGCGACACUCUAUUUCCGAAGCCUCAAAACUUUGUCUGCAGAAAUUCAAAUUGUCAGAAGCAAUUGCUGAUUCAAAGCUAUUCCUUACCGGAAUAUUCGGAACGAAAAUAUUUGAAAUUGAAACUGCGUUGAAACAAAAAUAUAAUAAGGAUAAUGAAUUAAAAACACUGAAAACAAAAUUAGUUGAUAUGGGAAUUAUUGUGUCCAAUGCAAAGAAUGGUGAAAAUGAUUUAUACAAAAAAAUAGAAAUUUAUAAAGUAAUUGAUGACAGUAUUAAAUAUGAAGUUGAAAAUUUCCGUCUGAUUGAAGUAUCGAAACUAAUUGAAUUUGUUAAUAAUGUGCUGAAUAAGGCAAUGAACAAACCAUUGGAGAGCACUAUGAAGGAAGUUUUAAUUGCAUCAGAUGCAAGUAUACAAAAAGCAAUCGCUGAUAUUAAUCAAAAGUUGGAAAUUAAAGUAUGA